UCUGAUCGAGCAAGAGCAGAAACAAACACAGCUGCAAAAGACUGGAAAGCAUGCAUGACGAACUUCCAGCCACGAAACUUGCAAAAAUAAAAAAAUACAUCAAUAAAUAUAUAGACACAGAGCUUGUCAAAAUGUUGCAAGCUGUCUUCUUGUUUUGAAUUUGAUCUAAAAGCUUUUUUUUUUUUUUUUUUUUUUUUUUUUUUUUUUUUAGCAACACUCUUCCAGGAAGGGAGCUGCUAAUGGUGUUUUGUUUGUUUGUUUGUUUGUUUGUUUUUUAAAAGCAGCCCAAGCAUCAAAUUGCAAAACUCUUCGGUUAUAAUUAAGUUUUCACAAAUGAUUAAAAUGUUAAUCUUGGAGCCAGGAGCGUGGUCGACGUUAUAAGUUUUUUUUUUUUGUAUUUAGAAGCGCGCUUCUCUUCCGGUGCAGUUGAAAAAGCUUAUAUACUUCCACAAGGCCGGGAUCAUAUGGGAUCGCAAGUAUCUUCAGCCACGAUGAGCGUGCGAGCGGGGAGGAACAGUGACGAGGUGGUCCUUUCUCAGCCCCUCUGGGACUGUUUAACUGCUGGCCAGCAGCGCGUGACGGAUUUCCAGGCGAAGCACGGUCUGUGUGUGGUGAGGCAGAGUGAGAGCCCGGGCUGCUGCACAGUCAGGCUGCGGCCCGCUGAGGGCCAGGGCCCCGUCUCCAUGGCGACCCGCAAGGCCUUUGUUUCCCUGUGCAGGGCCGUCCACAAGGAAAUGACCAAACAAGUAACGCCCAAGAGAAAGCGGUCUCUCCGGGAGGCCCUGAGGUGCGUGAGCGGGAGGGACAAGGGUGGCCCACGCAGGUCCCAGAGGCAGAAGCUGACGAGGGAGCAAGCCAUGGAGUUUGAGGAGCAGCCUCCGAGCCAGGAGAGCUCCAGCGUGAACAUCGAAGGGGAGGAGGAGCCCAGCUGCUCCAUCUGCAUGGGUGAGAUGGUGGAUAAAAAGACUCUGGACAAGUGUGGCCAUUCCUUCUGCAAGAGCUGCCUGGAACGGGCUUUCCAGGUGAAGAGGGCCUGCCCGGUGUGCCGGCUGGUCUAUGGGCAGCUCGUGGGGAAUCAGCCCGAUAACGGUAGAAUGACUGUGGAGAGGGACCCCGACUUGGAGCUGCCGGGACAUGAGGGCUACGGCUGCAUCUGCAUCAUUUACAGCUUCCUGCCCGGGAUUCAAGGGGAAGAGCACCCCAAUCCGGGGGUAUGUUACCCGGGCACAGACAGAGUGGCGUACCUGCCGGACAGCCCAGAGGGGAACCGCGCCCUGGCCAUGCUGAAGAAGGCCUUCGAUCAGAGGCUUAUCUUUACCAUUGGCACCUCCAUGACCACGGGCAUGAGCAACGUCAUCACCUGGAACGACAUCCACCACAAGACCUGCAUCUGGGGCGGCCCGCGCUGCUUCGGUUAUCCAGACCCAACCUAUCUCGUGAGAGUGAUGGAGGAGCUUCGAGAGAAGGGAGUCACUGCCGAUUGAGGGCAGGGCAGCGGGGGGGAUGCUCCUAUCCACCCCCUUCCACUUCCUGCUGCUUCUGUGACCAGCACAGGGACUCCCGACAGUCCCCAGCCUCUGUGAGGCCCUGUUCGGGACCCUCGGUCCGUGUGAACCAUUCCUGUGGAGCUGAGGUCCAGUCUGCAUUGCAGGUGUAACUGUUUUGUCUCUGUUCACACUAGCUCUAACCCACUGCACUUGUGAGUGUGCACAUUUGUUGAUAUCGUAAUCUACUUUUUGUCGUUGGGUAUAGGGGGGUGAGUAUUCUUUUUUUGUGCAGGAUCUUUGUAAAACCUGUACAAGUGGGGAUGUUCGCUUGCCCUGCACCCCAAUCCUGUUUUGUGUGUUUGUUUUUAUAUGUAUGUUGUAUUGUUCUUAAAAUCCAUCUAAGCUUGGCUGCAGUUAUUGCAAGAAUUAUCCCAGAAGUAAACCUUCUGCUCUGUUUGUAGAAGGUUUAUUGAUUAACUGUUGGAGUUAAAGGGAUCAUCAAUAUUUUCUUAAUAUUUAAUUUCUUUAUUUUCUGUGUGUUAUGUAUAAAUCUUUAUAAAAAGGCUGUGCUUUUCAGGUGGGUGGGUCAGUGCACUGUAUCCCUCAGGUGAAGCCUUGUGCACUGAAGCCCCCCCCCACGCACACGAGACGGUACUGUAUGUUUGCAAACGGGUCAUUUUAGCAGCAAAGCAAAGAGACGUUCUUGUUCUGCUCAGAACUGCCUGCCUGUGCUUUUCUCUGAGAGGGAGAUUAAGGAGACGAAGGGAACAGAAAAAAAAUAACCAGGCUGAGUAUAUUUCGGCAGAGCCCCUAGUGCUGGACGUUACUAAGAGACGGGCUCAGCUUUCACAGAAACCCCAUUCUGAUCCGAAGCGCGCAAUGCUUUCGAUUCCUAUCUGCGGUCUACAGUUGUGCAGAAUCUGUGUGAAGGUUUUCAGCUCCCAUUUUGAUUCUUGAAGAUUAGGUAGCUUCAUAUUUCAGUCUCUUUGUGUAUUUCCCCCUUUUCCUGUUGACCUGUUUGGUUGAAAAAAAAAAAAAACAGACUUUAUUGGAUUCAGAACCUGCAAACUUCAUACAAAGGUAGAGCCGAGUUUUUAAAAAUCCCCAAAUCUGCUUUUCAGUAGAUCGAUCUCCUUCUCGUUGCGACUGCCGUGAAUCAUUUCUUCACAGUUUUCCUUGUUUGAUCUGCUCUGUCUGGUUACGUUUCAACACUCUCUCCAGAUUAAAAGGUGCUGUCUUUAAGAAUAAUAAUACUGAGACGAGCUGUUCUGUUUAUUGUGUAAAUAGGUCAUAAAAAAAGGGGAAUGUUCUUACCCGUUUCUGUGCGUUGUGUUUUGUCCUAGCCUUCGUGGCUGGCUUUGUAACCAUCAAAAGCAGCAGUCUUGGGCUGCUACCUACAGCUAUGGCUAAAGGUUUUGCAUCACCCCAUAGAAUGAACUAAUUUAGUUUCGUACAGUCGAGUGAAAGCUGCUGAAUAAUGUUACAGUAAUGUAUUGAAUUGCAUGCCGUUUUGUAGCUUUCCCAUAUACUUAACAAAGUAUAUAGUACUAUAUAGUCUCAAUCCUAAAAUGGUUGGUGAUGCAAAACUUGUGGCUAUAUGAAAGGUUGAAAUAAAUCUACCUAGAAGUUGUUGUUUUUUUUUUUUUUUAUGGUCUUGAUUUGAAAUGCAAGCCCUCCCAACAUAUCCUCUGGUAGCAUAUCGCCACUAUAUCUGUUGCAAUUCUAGCACAAACUGGCACUUUUCAUUUGCUGAAAGGCCUUUCGCCUUUUAAAGGAGGGUUGUGAAACAAAGACUCCCUUUGCAGAGCACUUUGGCACAUCCUGGUUUUACUGUGGGAUUAAACUGCUAAACUUUCUUACUUCUUACCAGAUCUAGCUGGACUAUCGCUGGCCCCUCAUUCUCUUUUGUUAGAUAUUUUGGUGCUUGUAUUUUGCACUUGAUUUAGGAAUAUGAUUUCAAAGACAACGCUCUAGAUUCCUUCAAAGGAAUUGAUGUCUUUAGAGACAUCACAAUUGCGAUUGUUCAGCUGUUGUCAUUUGAAGCCAGUUUAAUUGACUCUAACAGUGACUUCAAUGGAAGUAAUUUGUUACCACUGUGAGAAGCUCCUUUUAACAGGAUGCUGCCAAUUGCAAUUUUGCAAUCAAUUAUGUAAUUGAUUAAAAGGGAAUUGGAAUUAGGAAUUGAAUUUAAAAAGGAAUAGGAACUAAAGAACAGGAAUUGACUCCGAAUCUGGUUCGUGGUGAUCGAUGUGAGGUAGCAGGAUACAGCAGUUUAUCUACAUAUGAAAGCAAGCAUAUAACCAACUGAUUCCCAGAGCAAUAAGGGGACAGUAAUAACACUAAUAAAACUAGUAAGAGGAAAUAAAAUCGCUUUAGUCUCGAAAUCCGAAAAGGCUUCAGUCUCCAUCAUUAAUCCAGCACCUUCAGUAGCACUACAUCUUAAUUUAUUGUUUAUCAUUAUUGAUACAGCUGAAAUCAUUCUUUGUUGCAGGAUGCUGUUAAUAUCAUGAAUGUGACACAAUGUGGAAUCAUAACUUUUGCAGGUGUAUUUGGUUUAUUAACAAAAGUUGCAUUGUAAAAAAAAAAAAAAAAAAGUUGAGGUAUGAAUGCGUUCCAAUGAGAUUGUAAUCUUUCGUUUCUUGCAGCUGUCAGUUUGUGUGCACACCAGAGUUGUUUUCUGUCGUGUUUGUGGGUUUAUUAUAGCACAGUGCCUUACUUGCUCUAUGCGGUUUUGGAAGACAGAGUCUCGCUUUUGCUUGGCAAAUUGGAAAACCUGCCUAUGGGAAUUCAAUCCCGAACGGUCAUGGCUGGAGUUUUAACAUCAAGACUGCUCUGAAAGAUUUCAAUCAGGUUUGCAAACCAGAAGGCACCAAGGUCAACUUCACAAUGCAGUUUGCACAGUAUGGACAUACAGGAGAUCUUUCUGCUUUAGAGCCCACCUCUCACUUUAACCACGAUUUUUACAGUCCAGAUUUACUCCUCGCUAUGCCAAUGUAAAGUCAUGACUAGCUCCUCGAUGGAUAGCUGUCAUGCCUUCGACAGUGAAUAACCAUGUGGCGAUUGUCUAGCAUUGUCACUGAUAACCAGACUAUGCAAUGACAGUCAUGAAACAGUAAGGUCCAGGGACCGGCUUCACUAUAGAGAUUACAACGCAUUGAAUGAGUGUAUUUAAAAAAGCAAAAGCAAAUGCUACAUCCUCAGCUCUGUCUUCUAUGCACUAGCAAAUUAAUUGCACUUUGAUUGUUGUCUUUUAAAUUGGGUGCAAUCUUGCUUUUUUUUUUUAAAUAGCUUUGUUAAUUUCUAUUUUCAAACUUCUUUAUACAAAAAAAAAAGAAUUUAAAAAAUGACUUUGCUUUGUCGUACUGGUCAUCGAUACUGACAAUAAAGUAUUUCUGUUCUGA